AUGGCUACUCCAAUCUCCUGGGCACAACAUGUCAUUACUUGUGACCUCUGCGACAAACCAACCCAGCAGUUCUGUAACAACUGCCAAGUCAAUUUAUGUGUGGACUGUGUCAGUAAACACGUGGACAAGCAACAGUUUCUUACACAUGACAUUGUUCCUUAUACAAAAAGAAAUAUUCAGUUGGUGUUUCAAGAAUGUGAAUUUCACCCCCACCUGAGAUGUCAGGCCCAUUGUCAACAGUGUGAUGUCCCUGUGUGCAUCAAGUGUUUUCUUUGCAACCAUAAAGGUCAUGAUGUUGUAGGCUUGUCCAAUAUAGUUGUGAACAAAAGAAAAGAAAUUGAAAAAGAAGUUAAGGAAAUUGAAACUGUUAUCAUUCCAAGGUUCCAGAAGAGAAAAGUUUUUAUUAAAGCAAAAGCUUCCAAAUGCACUGCUAAAUAUGAGGAAUUAGAACAGGAAACCGAAAAGCACAGGCAAUUAUGGCACGAUAAAAUCGACAUCAUUUUUGAUAAACUUGGCUCUUUAAUUUCAUCUAUAAAAGACAAUAAUCUUGUUGAUCUAGAAACACAGCAGAGAAAGCUCAUAUCGGUGAUUUCAGAAAUGCAGAAAACACUUAUACAAAACAAAGAAAUCUUGAAGACCAACAGGGUGUCCAAAAUCACCAACUACAAGUCCAACCUACCAAAAUACAGAAACAUACCUCCUGAUAUUGAUAUCAAAAUUCCUGCAUUGAAAACAAACACCUUCCAAGAUAAAGAACUUACUAUAGAACUGGGUAAGUACAAGGCUACACUAACACUUGUCACACUCUCCAAAGUCUCUUAUGUAUGUUUGAGAGAGUUAAUAGACAAAGCCAGAGUGAUUGUAACCAUUCCUACUGAAGUUAAACCUCUACUCAGAGUAGCCUGUGUGGGAGCAGAUAAGGUUUGGCUUAGUGGUGAGAAAUAUACAGCACGAUGUGUUGACAUACAUGGGUCUCUACAGGAUACUGUUGAGACUUCGUGCUGUGGUUUGUGUCCUUUUGACAUCAAAGUGACCAGAGAAGGAGAUCUUGUUUACAGUGAUUACGGCAGUAGAUGUGUGAACAUUGUUGUCGGUCACAACAUGGAAGAAACAUUGAUUAACACACCACGAGACUGGAAACCUAAGGGAUUGUGCUGUACCAGAUCAGGGGACAUCCUAGUUAAUAUGAAUAAUGGUACCCAAAAUAAAAUUUUGCGUUAUCAAAGACAGAUUGUGGUGCAGGAAAUAUAUGAGGAUGAAGAUGGAAAACCAAUAUAUAGUAGUGGUAAAUGGAUGUUGUUUAUUUCAGAGAACAACAAUGACGACAUUUGCGUUUCUGAUCUUAAUGCUAACUCUGUGGUAGUGGUUGGUAAAACCGGAAGAGUCCGAUUCCGAUACGACGGUGCACCUGCCUGGAGGAAGCGGCCAUUCACUCCUAGACAGAUUGUGACAGAUUCGAUGAGUCACAUCAUUGUGGCAGAUGUAGACAAUGACUGUCUCCAUAUCCUAAGUCAGGAUGGACAAUUUCUAAGAUGUGUAGAAAAUCUAGAGACACCGUGUGGAUUGAGUGUUGACAGUGAGGGAAGGUUGUGGGUAGGUUUAUAUGACUCAGGAGUCGUGAAAGUUAUUCAGUACAUGAAAUAA